UAAAACAGAAUCAAAAAAAUUAAAACUCAAAAAGUAUUCGUAACAAACAAAAGGCAAAACCAAAUAAUCUGUUAUUUUGUUGUUUUUUUUUUUUUGGAAAUGUGCGCGUUAUUUGUGAGAGUGUGAAUUAAUGUUUUACAAAUGAUCGAAUGGUGGUGAUUCUACUACUAUCGCCGCCGCCACCAACACCACAACCACCGUACGGAACAACAACCACAACACCAACAACAAAUGGCUGUGAUGGAGGCUCGAACGAUAGCAGCACUGUAUCGACGACAUCGACCGGCGACACCGUCAUACCCACCAUAUAUACCGUUAACCAAGCAAUACCACUGCCAAACGAAGCCACCUAUCAGCACUAUCAACCACCCCAACCACCGGCGUCAACGGCAUAUCACCAUCACCACCAACACCACCAACACCACCAGCGCCACACACGAGCCGCGUACGAACAACAACAGCAGCAGCAGCAGGUGCAGCAACGUCAGCGACGUCAACGCACCCAUUCGCUAUAUGAAAAACCGCCACAUCAUCAAACACCGCAACAACAACAAUCCAAACCGCAAAAUAAUAACACAGCACAACAUUCUAGUCAUUUACGUAGUGAGCAUAAAAACUGCAACACCAACGAACGCCUUAGAUACCCUACGCACGCAACGACGAGCACACAAUAUGCGAGUCGUCCGUAUACGAGACGUGAGCAGAGACGGGUUUACGAAGGGCGCGCAGGAAAGAUGUCCGACCAACAGUAUCCGCCAAGAAUUAUUAUCUCCCCACCACCACCACCAUCAUCGCCACCACCAUCAACAGCUGCACCACACUUUCAAACAGCAACAUCAACAAGUGCGCGGCGUGUACAGGAUAUGUGCGUUGAAACAGCGGUUGCUCCACCACCACCAGCACCACCGCCCUUACCGAAGAGCCAACCACCCCACGGUUCAUACUACAGCUGCUGGUGUGGCGAAAUGCAACCUCAUUUGCACGCUACACACCCGUCGGGCACGAAUCCGCUGCCAAAACCGCCAAGAAGUGGCGUCGCACAGUCGCACAUCACUGCGAGAGUGCCAAACAGCACGUACAGCAGUGCGACGGCAUCGAAAAGAACAAUUGCGCGCAAGCCACGCGAAUCGAGUUGGUCCAUUCCUCCAUCACAAGAACCUGCAGCUACUUCCAGCGCUUAUCAAUGGCGUCAACAUAUUACGCCAGCACAUUCGCUUCCAACUUUUGCGCCUGCUGCACCUACUCCAAUACAGCAACGCCAAGAACAGCAAAUGCCACCAGCCAAUGCGAAUUUCUACAACUACAACUAUAACUAUGAUAAUAAUAAUAACAACAAUAACAAUACUAACUCAACAGAUUAUGUACGCCACGUGACACGUGUUAAUUUCUAUGAUGUUGUUACUUCGCAGGUCGAGUUCGAGCCCAAAGAUGAUAGUGAUGAAUGCGAUACGGAAGCUAUUACCAAAGAAGAAGAAUGGAUAACAAAGAAAAAAACAGAAUUAACAACAACACGCCAAAUAGAAACACGCGUAAAGCGACAGUUGGUGCUGGAGGAUGGCAAAGUUGUGGAAGAUUCAGGGCCAAUUGUCUCAACGAAUACGACGGAAGAUACAGAUAAGCAGGAAACGGAAACAACGGAGAAACGUGAUUUAGGCAUACCCAUCGAUAGUAUAGUAGUGGAUACCAAUGGCCGUACAUUGGAGGCGCCUGACACCGUUGACGGUCAAGUAGCUGUGCUGCCGGCUGAGCAAUCGAAGAUUGUGAAAAAAAUGGUGCCACGCCCAGCCGAUGGACUUGUGCACGAAACGAACGACAAACGCGUGAUUACACACGAAGAGGUCAAGGAUUACAUAGAGACCGAGGAUGUGCGCAAUUUGGGCGAUUUCUCAGAUGAGACCUACGUUAAGGCAGUUAAUAGCGGUGUUGAGAAUCUACAAGAAGUUCUACUUGCCGCGGAAAAUCAAAAGCAACUUGUGCCAUUAGGUCCACGCAUUAUUGCCAAUACAACAAAGUCUUUUAAGACAAUCGAUUCGGAAGAUAUUGAGAAACGCUGUUUACUGCAAGCGGAUGGACAACUCGUUACGGAGAGCAAGAAAACAACCGAACACGAAGUGAUUGUUGACCGUGAGCUGCCUGAAGAGGACGAUCAUUCGACGGGUAGUCGUGAGAAAAUAAAAACUGUUGAAGCGUCACAACACUUGUACAAACAACGCGACGAGCAGUACGUCGAUAAGGUUGUUGAUGGCAAAGUGGUGAAUACCGAAAUGAGAUACGCUGCCGAAACGAUGCAAAUUGAAAAGGAUGGCUCAUUGGAACGACCUGGCGAUUGGGAUAGUUUAUCGGAUCGUAUGCGAAAGUUGCGACGUCCGCAUCCGAAGAGUGCAUUGCAACAGCAUAAGGAAGCCACGCUACUGGCUGACCGCAAAGAUGCACUAACAAAACGACCAUUGGACUUCGAUCGCGAGGAGGAGACACGCAAAGGUGAGACGAUUAAGUGGCUGGAGUCACAUUUUGGCAGUGAAUCAACAGCUUCUAAUGAUUCGCGUGAAGAUGUCGAAGUGAGCGGUGGCGGUGAUAUAGAACCAACUAAAAAGACUUUCUUCAAUGUGACAAUCAAGUCAAAUCAAACGCAACAAACGCCGCCCGCACCUCUGACAAACGGGCAUCGUGCGAACGGGAAUAAUGCGUAUGAGCGAAGGCAAUCAAAAGAUCUUGUCAUUGAUACGCAGCCCACUGGGCCAAGUGGUCGCAGCAAAUACUAUCAGGGCAUUUCGAAUUGGACGGAUCGCAAAGAGCCGGCAGUCAAUCAUUUCGCGUCGAAAGCAUUUCGUGAGGACUUGCAAGAGACUGUGGAACGCAAUCGACUGCGACGUGAUAAACAGCAAGAUAACCAUUACCUAGUAGAAUCCACGGAUAACUACGUCAGCCGCGAGGAUAUUUUGCAUCAGAAACAACGUCAGAGUAUAUCUUCGCAGUUUUUAGCGAAGAGCAACCGCAAUUCCCGUGACAGGCUCGACGAUGUGGAAGCGCCAAUUGGUAAGCCAAUAAGAGACACGAACGUACGUCACAUAAGCGGUUCUCGUGGGGAUCUCCGCUAUAGUGGGCCGAAUGCCGGAGAAUCGGAGAAUACCAAGCGUUUAUUUACGCCAAUCAAACAACAAAGUCAGGAACGCGAUAUGGAAAUACGACGUUCACCGGCCGAUUUUGGACCGAGUGCAGGAAAGAAAUAUGAGUAUGGUGAAAUGCGUAGUCGUAGCUACGAACGCACGCUGGAAGACACAAAUCGCAGCGUUAGCUAUGAGUUGCAUAACACAAACUCACUUAAACCAAUACCAUUGGGCGAGCCACGUGGAAUCUCACCCGAACGCGAACACUUUCAAACUAGCACGCUUGGUCGUCCCACAGUGCCACAGCGUCGUCGCGCUAUCGAAAAGAAACUGCGGCAACAACACAGCGUGUCUCCGCCGCCGCCACAGAAAGUGCCAUUGGAUCGUCAACAUGCGCAUAGCCAACGAAAUCUUCUCGAACCGCCGCCAGACUACUCGCCACCGCCACGUAGUCGCUCUUCAUCACCGCAAGUAGAAUAUGUGAAUGGUUUACGCAAUCAACGCAACUACCGCAACAAUAUCGGCGAGCACACACCCAUCAAUUAUGGACCACCAAGCCAAUUGGUCGGUCAGAGUAGCAGCACACUCACCCGUAAACAAAAUCAACGCACGCGCUUUGCGCCAACAACACCACAGGAACAAACGCACUCGCAAUCGUACAUGCGUCCUGUGAUGGCGACACAAACUACACAAACAACAGCCUCAACCAUAUCCAACUCAACCGUCACCUCGCAUAAGUCAAGCAAAAUGGGGCAGGUGAUAGGUAAUUCACUACGCAAGCUCGUCAACAAAAUACGCUCAGCGAGUGCGGAACGUAAAAUGCGCAUGAAAUCUCGUAGCAAAUCACGUGAGCAGUCGCCAUCACCACAGGCCAUUGAUAAGGUUGGCAGCCAACAAGCCACUUACCAACAAUAUAAUCUCAUUGAUAGUCACAUCGGCGGUCAGGGUGGUGUAUCUGGUGAGUCAGAGUUGGAGAGUAUGCCGCAGGAGUCAGCUCAGCCGCAUAAAAACUAUAUACAUGCCGCAACUCUGGAGCGUAAUGGGCAGUCACAUGCCACACAAUUCAAACGUGCCAACUCAGCGGAUCCCUAUGCUAAUGAUCGCACAGAUACGGGGGAACGUGGUCCGAGUCCCAGACAACGUUACUAUUUAGGUGAAGAUCCGUAUUCGAGCACUCUGUAUGGCAAGGAGAAUAUUUAUGUACCAGGUCAUGUUGGGAAGCGUAAACAGGUUGCAGCAAGGCAUAGUGUGGAGUCUGGGAAUGUGGGUAAACAAGACCGAAACAACCGUGAGACUGUAAAUGCUAACCGACGAGACGAAGGGGAAUUCUACAAGCAGAGAAAUGUAACGACCAGCACUUUGGGACGCUAUCAGCGUACAGGUCAAAAUUUCGCUGCUUCAACACCCAAUUUGAAUCAGGAUUAUCGCACGACACAAACGUUGCCACGAAAACUACACGACCAUCAACAGCAACCACACCCACAUCUACAACAACAACAACAACAACAGCAACAGCUACAAAGUCAUCAUCAGCCAUUACAUAUGACUCAAUCGUCCGGCUAUCAGAGAACAGGGCAAAGGCUACUAACUAGCGGCUACAGCACCUUGGGUCAUCCCGAUCAACAACGCACGCAAUAUCAUCAACACCAACAACAACAGCACAAUAUACAACCACAACCAGCCGUAAUGGGACCAGCUAAGCCUGCACGCACUUAUGCGAAAGCGCUUAACCGUAGUAAAAGUUUCAAUGUACACGCCAUGAACGGCAGUCACGAUCCCAGUCCGAUUUACAUUGAGAAGCUUACCAAAAAUAAUUACACCAACAAUGUAAACCAAGGAGGGCAACAGACUACAAGCAAUCUAUACGCUAGCCAAGCCUACAAAUCAAAUCCACAUCUAUACAGCGGUCCAUCGAAGGAAAACUCACUACAAAGUGGCCUCAAAAGUCCAUCCAUUGUGAAUCUGAUAAGCCGUAGUCAAAAGGAUUUAACGAAAAUUGAUAGUUUAGAGAAUGAACAAGGUGAUAUGCUUGAAAAGAAGCAGACAUUUAUGAGCGGCUUACAUCAGCAAGCGCCAGAUCUCUAUCGUACAUUGCAUGGCGACGAAAGCUACCCGACGCACGGUGCGCCAAAUAAAUAUCAUCAACUACGUCACUCUACUUCAUUGGAGACACGCUCUCCCAUUGAGAUUAACAAAGACACUGCAAGUAUAGUACGUAGGGAUAGUUCAUGUAAUGAUGGUUAUGUGGCCAAUGCUUACAGCAAUAAGACAAAAAUGGAGAGCGCGACAGCCAAUCGACGUUUGCUCUAUAAGGAAGAUCCGGCGAGGCAUCGUCGAACACCGGGUGCGACAAUAAUUUCUGUGCGUAACAAUGAAAUGGAAAAAUGAUGGUGAUGAUGAUGUGUAAACGGCAAGGAAAAGUAGUUAGCUCAACAGUACUAAUAAAUAUAUGUGUACAUAUACUUAUACUAAGCGAUAGCACAAUACAUUGAGCAUGAAAACUCGAUAGGUCAAGAAAAUUAAAGCACGCUAUAUACUCGUAAUCAAUCAAGAAUCGCGUAUAAAAGGCUUAACUUUCAUUUGACGGGUUGCAAAUAAAAAUUGAAAGCCUAUAAAUUUAAAUAUUUCUUUGCACUCUAUAUAUAGUAGGUAGAUAGCACAAGCCGCUGGCACCAACUCGUAAAAUCAGCAUUAGUUAAAGAAAAGGCACCACAAUCAAUGCACUGUCCUCCUACGGCCGAAAGGAAGGUUGUAGUUUUUAAACUGACAUUAUUUAGUUAACGAGUUUCAAAAGAAUACCCGGGAAGAAGAAAAUGUUUUUUUUUUUCAUAUUUCAGCUUUCAAAAGUACAUACAUAUGUAUAUAACGAACAUCUCAACGAACAUUGUAUUACUUUUUAAAAGCCUUGGCCCAAAGCCAAUUGGCUAAGCUAGCUUUCCCUGAGUAGUACAUUACUUUCAAAACGACAAUCUUGGUUACAAUAUGUACUGUCAAAAACACUGACAAAUAUGGCAUAGAUCUAUUUGAGAAAGUUUAUUGUACUCGCAAGUUCUUAAAGCAAAGCUACAUUUGGUCUCUCUUCAUAUGUUCUAGUAUAAUUUUAUUCUAUUUUUACAGUUCUCAUAGCAAUGCAAGUAAACCAGCUGGUAUUGGGUCAAGGCCUUAAGGAUAAUUAAAAUUAUUUAAUUUCAUUAAGCAUUAUUUAAACUGUUUAUAGUUUUAACUUGCAGUCUAGACUCAAUCAUUCCACUUCAAAAUUAUUUCUACAUUUUUUUCCUGUUGUGGCGCACAACAUACGAGUACUUCAGGGGUAAUUUUUUUCCUAAAACUUUUAAUAUUCCACUUCUGAGUUAAGAAAAGAAAUUCCACUCAUUCCCCAGCAAUACACCAAUUUGUAUGCAAGCUUUUUGACUACAGCAUUUGAUUCACAGUAGCGUUUAUUUUUUUUUUAUAAACCCAUUCACAAUGGUGUAUUAUUGCUACUGAAUUACACAGUCUUAUGGCUCUAAGCGAGUUUUUAUAUAUUAUAUUUGUAAUAUUUUUUCUAGUAUUCUUUUGCAACUCGCUGACAGUAAAAUGCAGUUACAUACAUACGUAAACACAACUGUAUGCCAUCAACAAUGGCACUCAGUUCAAAAUAUAUACAGAGUUUGGUAAUAGCUUUAGUAAUAAGUAAAAAAUAAUACAAUUAAAAAAAAUCGAAAAAACUAAAAUUAAAUACAAAAAAUUAUAAGU